CUGAUAGACCGAGCCACCAGCCCUCGUGAUGAAGGCGAUCCCAAAGCUGAGCAGAAGACCCUGGAGGAGAGCUGGCAGGACUUGGCCUUGAUCAAGGUGACGUCAAAACCCCCCAAGAAGCAGAGAAGGGAGGACCUCAGCGAGCCUCUGCUCUCUCCAGCUCGGCCACUGGCGCCAGAGCCCAGGGUCUGCUCUGCCCCUCCAGAGACUCCUCGUAUCGAAUCCGGCCCUCCACGCUGCCUCACGCUGCAGGAGAAGCUUCUCUCCCACUACAGCAGCUGGCUGGCUGUGCCCGAUGCGCAAGCGUCCCUCGUCCCGCAGCUGGCCAGGAGCGUCUGUGUCCAACUGCAGAACUUCCUGAGGAGCAAGUGCCCGGAGCUGCCCUUCGGCAGCCUCUUCCUCAGCGGUCCCCUGCUCGACGGCCUUGGGGCUCUGGCAGCCAACCACAUCCACCUCAUGCUGCCAGUGGUCCUCGAUGCUGCGCUCUGGAGCCUCAUCCCGGGAGAGGACACUGUGGUGAGGAAUCCCCAGUACUGGAUGAUCAAGAGGACUGAACUGGAGUAUUUCCCUCGUGGGCGCAGCCCCUGGGACAGGUUCAUCGUGGGCCGGUACCUCUCCUCCAACAUGCUCAACAAGACCCUCCACAAGAUGCUGGUGGCCUCCAUCAACUGGCCCACCAUAGGCAGCCUGCUCGGGAGUGUCAUCCACCCGGUCAUGGCCUCCCAGGAGCUGAAGCUGGAAGUCAAACAUGAUCAGGUCGAGCUGAGCAUCACCCUCUUCCCGAUGGUGGAAAUGAAGGACAAGGUGCUCCUGGCCGCUCCUCCUGAAGGACUGGUGGAAAACCUCUGGCUUGAGAGUUUCUACAAGGCGGAGGUUUCGAAGGUGAAGGAGCUGGAUGCUGGCGACUCCGGGGCUCGGCAGUGCUGCCUCCGCAUCCUCAACGGUGUCUGCAAGAGCCACCCUGCCCUGCACAAACUGGGCGGCAGCCCCCUGACCCACGUCAUCCUUCACCUCAGUGCCACUGGUUCGGACUGGGCAGAGGAAAGCCUUGCUGACCGGUUCCAGCAGGUGCUUGAGGAGCUGGUGGGCUACCUGGAGAAAGGAGUCCUGCCUUCCUAUUUCAACCACAAAAUCAACCUCUUCUGUGAGCUGUUAGAGGAGGAAAUCGAUGAGAUGGGCUUCAUGCUCUACAGGUCCAUCUCUGAGCCGGA